GACGCGUUUUGUAUACUCUACGAUUAGGCUCUCUGCUGGUAAUCCGGUCUGCAACAGCGUCUUGGGGAGAAUUAUUUGACUGGCUAUCUAUCAGACUCGUCGCGGACUGGAAUCUGUAAUUUCGGGAGGCUGAGCUCUCCUGUACCCCGCAUUCCUGUUCAAUCUCACUUUCGUCUCGGGUCAUGUUUCGGAACUCAUUACGCGUCGCAAAAGCAACUUCCUUGGUGUCUAGGCAGUAUGGCACCUCAACAGUAGCGCAGUCAGCCCGUCAACUCUCCAAGGCGCCCAAGACCGCUCUGCUAGGAGCAUCAUUUGCACUUGGUGCAGGGACCCUCUGGUAUAUUAACCAUGACGCUCUUUACCUUGACGCUUCUGCAGCACUGGAUUCGACGAGCCCUUUGGAUCAGGCAAAGCUGGCGGCACUGUCGGUACCGAACGUGGGCCCGGACGGAACGCUGAAUUCGUUCACUUGGGGCUCGAACAAAACAAACGUGAUCUCUCCGGAAACCCCCAAGAUAGAUUCUGUCCGUAUGCCGACGCCGGUCAAGUGGCUGCAGAAUGUCGCACUGAGAGACUUGGCUUUACAUGAACAACAUGCCGCUUGCGUGGAUGCUCGUGGCGAUGUCUACCAGUGGGGCGACGGCUUCUUCGGAGCAGGUCCGUCUGACCCCAGGUCCCAGGAAUGGGCUCCGAAACAGACUUUGCAAGGCAAGGACAUCGUUCAACUGCAGCUGACGGACUCUCGUGUCUUUGCUCUGUCUGCCUCUGGAGAAGUCUAUGUCUUGUCCUCGCACGCAGCAGCCCAGGAGUCAUUAGCAAGUUCCGAGCCAUCUAGUAGCUCCUCCUGGUUGUCUCUCGGCGGAUGGCUCGGCGGGCAGGAUGACCCUCAGCAUUACGCCGAACUCACGCCUAAUGAGACUCUGUCCCGCAGAGAAAAAUUUAUCUCAAUCUCAGCCGGUGCUGACCACCUCCUGGCCCUCACCUCCUCUGGCCGCGUCUUCUCGCACCCAGUUACCAAGAACGCCAACUCGCACGGCCAACUCGGCGUGCGCACCUUCGACGUCCCGGACUACUCCUCCGACCCCGCCAACCCCUCCCGCCUCCCUGUCGAGCUGAUCCCCAAGUCCUUGGCAGAUCCGUUCUCCAAAUCGUCGCCCCUGAGCCGGCCUGCGGCCGCGCGGACGCAGUCGUCUAACUUGGACGCUGUGGACGACCGGCAUAUACGCUUUUGUGAUAAGUUGUUCGAAGUGCCUGCGCUGCGGGGCAUCGAUGUUGACCAGAUCGCUGCCGGGAAGCGGAGCAGUUUCGUGAAGACCGCCAAUGGCAGGGUCCUUGGAUGGGGUGCAAACGAGUAUGGCCAAAUCGGUUUGGGUAGAGACGUGACAUUAGACACGAUCACGAAGCCAACCGAGAUUGCCUUAUGGCGUUCUGCCCCCAAGGACGUGAGCACUAGAUGUACUAGCAUUUCUGCAGGUGGUGACCUGACCCUAUUUACCGUCGAGCGUACCGAUGGAUCGGCGAUGCAGACUGUCGACGUCCUCGCGUGCGGUAAUGGACAAUGGGGUGGGCUUGGUAAUGCUCUGUACAGAAAUGCUCAGGUCGAGCCGGCGCGUGCAAAGAACGUCAGCGGCCUUCUGGAAUUCAGCGAGAAGACGGAAAACCUCCAGCCCAUAGUGCCUCAUAGCAUCUCGAUUUCUCCGACGGGCCAUGUAGUCCUUACACUCGACACGGAAAACGGCCCCGGUGGCAGCGGCAGGGACGUGAUGGUCUGGGGCGCAAACUACGACUAUCAGCUCGGGAACGGGAAGCGCUCGAGCCUCGCCGUCCCCACCACGUUGCUGAGGCCUGACGGGAGCCGGUUCAUCCUAGCGAAGAGCAAGGCGGACGUCAAAGACCUUUCGGGCAAGUUGUGGAAGCGCGGAGUGGACGUCGAGCAACGUGCUGUGGCAGGAUACGGAAACAGCAUAGUGUACUGGAGGAUAUGCUGAUCGCCUGUCCUGUUUUGAUACACGCCUGUCUAUACGUAUCG